AUGGAGCUGGGAUCCUCGCAGGAGCCGCCGGUGAAGAGGCGCAGAUUCUUCAAGGAUCCAGAUGAGGCGUCGUCUGAUCCGGUGGCGUUUAGUCCGAAGCGCGAGUACAGCUCGUCGCUGGAGCCGAGGCGCUUCUUCAAGACUGAGGACGAGGAUGAGGAGGACGAAGUGAUACCGAAGGAUGAAGCGAUACCGAAGAAGGAAGAGGAUACCACAUCGAACGAACCCACAACACAGCACGAGUCUUCGGCCGUGACCUUUGAUCGAGACACGUUUGAGAGCUUUGUCGGAUGCAAAGUUUCCGCCAACAUCCUGCGUACGAUUCAGCAACACUGCGGAAACAACCUGGAGCGAGCCGUCAACAUGUACUUUGACGGCACCUACAAGAAAUUGAUGGCGAAAUCGAAGCCCGCAUCUUCUGGCUUAAGCCGGACACAGUCGACAGACGGGCCCAGUCAGCCGUCGCCGCUUCCCAUCCGACGCAACAUACCAUCUGCACGAUACGUGGGCGCUUUUGGCGUUGAGGGAUGGGCCACCAGAAGCGGCACGAAUCUCUUGAAGCACGGUGAAGCCGUCAGGAUCGAGCGCCAAAAGAUACAGCCUCCUCUGCCGCCAAAGACGAAGCCCCGGCUUGGAGCUCCUCCUACUCCGGCCAAACCAAAUACGGCUGCCUCGAGACGGGUCGACGUUAUCGUGCGAUUUACGAACCAGAUGGGCCAGGAAAUUGGGCGUCUGGCCAAGGAUACGGCCAACUGGGUGUCGACGCUGAUGGACCAGAAGAUUUGCAAGUUUGAGGGAACAUGCGUGUACUGCCCCGAGCGUGCGCGAACGAACGAUACUGUUUUCCUCCAGCUACGAUGCUACCUGCUCGACUCUGCCUUUGUCGACCGAGGCUUCGCGCCCGCGGGCGAUGCUUCAGCGACCUGGUUCGAACAACAGACUGAAACGGCGCAAGAGAAGGAACUUCGCCUGAGACAGGUUGCCCUGGUCAGGCUGUUUCAGGAGAUCAAUCUUCAGCCCGUCGUCGCCAACGCUGCCGCGAAAGACGGGAGGUCGGGGCUUCUCCAGGCUGCCGAGAUGGACGAGCAGAAGCAGAAGGACUCCAAAAAGGCGGCUGCGAAUGGUAGCAAGGAAUCUGGGAACUCAUCACCGUCUGACGAGCCGGAGGAGGGAGAGGAGCUCGAACAGGACCAGCUCGACGCGCUCUACAAGAAAGCCCAGACAUUCGACUUUAACAUGCCUGAAGCUGAGCCGGCGAGCACAUUUGCCAUGACGCUUCGACCAUAUCAGAAGCAGUCCCUGCACUGGAUGAUGGCCAAGGAAAAGGAUGAAAAGAGCCAUAGGGAACCCUCGAUGCAUCCGCUAUGGGAGGAAUAUGUGUGGCCCAUCAAAGACGUCGACGACAAGGAUCUGCCUUCAGUAGAGGGACAGUCCAAGUUUUACGUCAACCCGUACUCUGGCGAUCUCUCCUUGGAUUUUCCAGUUCAGGAGCAGCACUGUCUCGGCGGCAUCCUUGCUGAUGAAAUGGGGCUGGGAAAGACAAUUCAGAUGCUCAGCCUGAUUCACACGCACCGAUCCGAGCCUUCACAAAGCGCCAGAGUCCCUUCUUCUGUGGACGGAUUGAGCCAGCUCCAACGAUUGGGCAAGAAUUCGUCAAACGUACUGGAUGCGCCUCGCACAACGCUGGUGGUUGCCCCAAUGUCCUUAUUGUCACAAUGGUAUAGCGAGGCCGAGAAGGCUUCCAUGGCGGGCAGCAUGAAGAUUCAGCUCUACUAUGGUGCUGAGAAGGCAGUGAAUCUGCAGGCUCUUUGCUCCGGCUCCGGUGCACCCGAUCUCGUCAUCACCAGCUACGGAGUUGUUUUGUCAGAGUACACCAGCAUUGCCGCGAAGAACGGCGACAGGUCUUUCCAUACCGGCAUUUUCUCUCUCAAGUUCUUUCGCGUGAUUCUUGACGAGGCGCAUUACAUCAAGAACAGGGCAUCCAAGACGGCGCGAGCGUGCUACGAGAUCUCAGCGGACCAUCGAUGGGCACUGACGGGCACCCCUAUCGUCAAUAGACUGGAAGACCUAUUCAGCUUGGUGCGUUUCCUGGGCGUUGAGCCGUGGAACAACUUUUCGUUCUGGAAGACCUUCAUCACCGUGCCGUUUGAGUCUGGCGACUUUGUGCGCGCCUUGGACGUGGUGCAGACCGUCCUGGAGCCACUGGUGACCAGAAGAACCAAGGACAUGAAGACGCCAGACGGCCAGCCACUGGUGCAGCUCCCGCCGAAACAGAUCGAGAUCGUUGAGGUGGAGUUAUCCAAGCCGGAGCGAGACAUCUACGACCACAUCUUCAACAAGGCGAAAAAUACGCUUACCAGGAAUGUCGAGGCCGGAACGGUGCUCAAGGCCUUCACGACCAUCUUUGCUCAGAUUCUGAGGCUCCGUCAAUCGUGCUGUCAUCCUGUUCUGGUCCGCAACAAGGACAUUGUCGCCGACGAAGAAGAGGCGGGCGCUGCGGCUGAUGCGGUGACGGGCCUGGGCGACGAUAUGGACCUCGAGUCGCUGAUCACACAGUUUACCGCCAUCACAGACGAAGCCUCCAAUGACAGGCAGACAUUCGGGGCGCACGCCCUAGACGAGAUCCGGAAUGAAGCGGAAAAGGAAUGCCCCCUUUGUUUCGACGAGCCGAUGAAUGAGCAGAUUGUGACUGGAUGCUGGCACUCUGCGUGCAAAAAGUGCUUGAUGGGCUUUAUCAAGCACGAGACAGAUCACGCGAGGGUGCCGAGGUGCUUCAACUGCCGUGCACCGAUCAACCAGCGAGAUCUGUUCGAGGUUGUACGCCACGAUGACGACGAGGAGGCGUUUGCUUCGGCGAAGCCGCGUUUCAGCCUCCAACGACUCGGGCUCAACUCGUCCUCUGCCAAGAUUGCCGCUCUGAUAUCGGAACUCCGGGCACUGCGUCGAGAGCGUCCGAAUAUGAAGUCCAUUGUUUUUUCACAGUUUACGUCCUUUCUCACACUCAUCGAAACUGCCCUUAAGCGCUUCAAUAUCAAGUUUCUGCGUCUCGAUGGCAGCAUGACACAGCGGGCCCGAGCAGCGGUGUUGCAACAGUUUACAGACAGCAAGGGCUUCGUGGUGAUGCUGAUGAGCCUGCGUGCUGGAGGCGUGGGCCUGAACCUCACGAGCGCGGGGCGCGUGUUCAUGAUGGAUCCGUGGUGGAGUUUUGCCGUUGAGCUGCAGGCGAUUGAUCGGGUGCACAGACUUGGACAGCAAGAUGAGGUGGUGGUGAAGAGGUUCAUUGUCAGGGGGACUGUGGAGGAGAGAAUGCUGAGGAUCCAGGAUAGGAAGAAGUUUAUCGCAACGUCACUGGGUAUGAUGAGCGAUGAAGAGAAGAAGCUGCAGCGCAUUGAGGACAUCAAAGAACUCCUCAGCUAG